AUGGAGGCUGGAUCAACCACCACCCUUGUAGCCAAAAUCUUUGUGGGACGUCUCUCUAUAUCUAUCAGGCAGGGCUACGAUACAAUUCUCUAUAAAUUCGUUUCUGUGCGUGAAACACAUUUUAUUCCUCCAUCCCAGCAAUGGAUGCGUGGGCUUAGAUUCAAUAGCCUCAAUCAAUCAGUCAUGGUAUUUGAAAAAUGGAAGACAAAGAAUGACAUGACAUCAUCAACUACCCGUUUUCAAAACCAUUAUCCGCGGAUUCAAAACGCGAACCUAACAAGUUUAUUACGAGGAGCAUCAUCUUUUCUACCACAACCACAAUCCUGUGUAUCACUCUCCGUAGUACCUUCACCAUCAUCACAUAGAAACCAUAGUGAUGACGAAGAUUCCGAUCAUCACUCACACAAUCAUCGUAAGUCCGUGCAAUUCUCGAGAUUCUUAGUUGUCCAUGAGACAUGGUGUAACGACGAGUAUGAUCGAACAUCAAUGGAACCAGCGCGUCUGAAUUUCAAGGAAUACUCUGAGCUGUUACAACUUCGAUGUGAUUUACGUCGUGAAAUGGAGAAAAUGAGAAUGAUGGCAAAAGCAUCAGACUCCGAAAAUGACCAUUCAGUCGAUGAUAUUCACGACGAUAAAGAUCAAAACCAACGACAACGACGAAGACAAUCAUGUAAUAACUCUAAUAGUGAAAAUCAACACAUCUAG